AUGUCUAUCCAGACGUAUAAAUCUUACACUUUUUAUUUGUACAUAUUUUCCACAUUUAUAAUAGACAAAGAAAGAGCUUCUAGAGAGAAGAUUUCACAACUUGAUAGAAAGUUGAAGGUUUUAAGCAGCAAGAUUUCAGAGUUAUCUCAAGACAGCAAAGAACACGGGCUUGUACUCAAUGCUUUUGAAAAGGUUGACCCAGAUAGAAGAUGCUUUAGAGUAAUAGGUGGUGUUAUGGUAGAGAGGACAGUGAAAACUGUUAAGCCUGCAUUGGAGAAAGAGAAGGCUGCUUUAGAUUCUGCUAUUUCUGAAUUAGAGAAGCAAUACGAAUCCAUAGAAGAGGAACUAAAAGUUUUAAUUGAGAAUCUAAACAAGGAAUCCAAUUUAGCUGUUCAGUCCACGGCUUCAGUAUCAUCUUCGUCUUCCUCAGGAAUAACGGCAUGA